AUGGCCGACGAUGCAUCUUUCAAGUCGGACACUUACAGCAGAGAGGCCCUGGGCCGGGAAUUGAGGCGCCGACGCCCAAAAGUCACGCCCGUGAUCUCCGAGCCGACGCCCAGAAGUCACCGGCCAGACUGCGUCAUCUUCCAGGCCCGUUUCGUGGAAACCCAGGUAGAGCUUGACUAUUCGUUCAUGCAGAUUGCAGUGCUUUUGCUCGAGCAAGGGGCGAGCAACGCAGACGGCGCGGGCUUUGCUUGGAGCGGGGGCCGUGCCGUUUUCCAGGCUGAUGGCACUUUUGAGGCCGAAGGCAAUGAAGACGACAAGGGGCCUUUGGAACCUCGUGACAGCAAAAGCAAGGCCCCCUCAGAAAAGGAUCAGAUGGAAGAGGCGACGACAGAGGCCAAAGCAAGCUUCGAUGAGGCCGAGGACAAGACAGUGGAUGAGGCUGAAUCAGUACAGACCGCAGCCCCAGUCGAAGAUGCCAAGCAGGAUCUGGAUGCGGCAAAACGACAGCGAGAUGUGGCCCUGGGUGGGCUGGAAAGGGCAGAAGCCCUGGCCGCAUACCUGCAGAAGCAGCUGCUGGAAUUGGAAGACAGCAGCAGCGAGAAGGCCAAGCAGGCCAAGAAGGAGCUCAAGGAGGCGGAAACGAAGCUCAAGGAGGCCGAAACGAAGCUCGAGAAGGCCAAGAAGGAGCUCACGGAGGCCGAGCAGAAGUACGAGGCCAAAGCAAGCGUCCAGGCAGGACGAGUGCAGGUUGACGUGUCCCAGGCUGCUGAGUUUUUUGGAAAGCUGCUGUUCGACGGCACAGAGGGCUGGCCGCUGACAGAUGCUGGCUACUCGUCAAACCCAAGCUGCAUCAUUGAGCUCAGCUUGGGCCCAUUCAAUGGUGAGUUGGCUUUAAGCACACCUGGGAAAGACAAAGCAAGACUCUUGGAUCGGGACACAGAGAUGCAGGAUAUGGUGACCAAAAUUGUGGCUCGAGCAAAGCGUUUGAAAAGGCUUGCCAGCUCUGACAAGAGUUUGUCGCCAGCGCUCCUGGUAGCGCAGGCGCCCGGCUCUGGCAAGAGCCAUUUCUUGGCCGAGUUGGGUGAGAACAUCUCGCGUCUUUGGGACUUGGAUGGCAAAUUGCAGAGGCCGAUUGUUUCUGUCUUCACUUACAACUCUGCCAUGGGCGACAAGUGGACCGAUGUAUUUCGUAUGAGCAACAGCGGCGUGGACUUGGGUCUGCGGGUUCUGUUCGGUGCUGCCCAUCACAUGAGAAGCACUGGAUUGCGCUGCAAGUCUUGGACGGCCUUCUUGGAUGCCAUCAAGCACGCUGUUUCAUCUGAAAACAUGCUGCAGAGCCUUGUCGACCUCAAUUUUGUGGUUAAGAUCCUGCGCCACUGGUAUGGUGCCCGGCCUCUACUAAUCCUUGCCGACGAGCUGGGCAGAUCAGACGACGAGGGUCUCGCUAGACAGCGACUUUGUCAGCUGAUGGAUUCUUGGGCCGGGCAGGUCUCGGUGGUGAUGUCGGCGCUCAGCGACUAUGAGGGAGCUGUGAACAUGUUCAACGCGAGCAUUCGGACAGUAGAGUUUCAAAUCUUGAUUGUGCUCGGAACUGACACGUUCAGUCGCUUUCAGUCAGUGCUCACCGUCUGGGACCGAAACAGGACUAAGAAUGCAAUCUUGGCCUACCGCAUCUCCCUUGCUUGGGGAGCCACGGCGGGCUAUGCCCGCGCCGUCCAGUAUCUGACAGCGGAGCUGAAGAAAGCAAGAUUCAAAGGCCCGUCUGGAGGUUCCAUAAUGGGUUGCAUUGCGAAGCUUGGAGACAUGGGAGUGAACCUCCCACCCCAAUUCAGGGCAGACGAGCUGGAGGCACUGCUCGAGACGUGGGACUCACGGGCUUGCCCCUACCAGCAGCUGGCUCAAGUCAGCCGCAUCAAGUCAUUGCAGCGGGGCAUAUACCAGGGAAGCGUGCUGGUGGAGGAGAGGCAAACCUCACAACAACAGAGGCUUUUUAUGCCAACAGUCGCAGCCUGGCAUGCGGCCUCCUGGUUCGAGAACUCGUUUAACCCAAUAGAGUCCUUUCCUAGGGUCGCCAAGCUUCAGCACAUGAUGGGCGAAGCGUAUCGGGCCAAGUGCAAGGCGAUUGAAAGCGACAACGUAACACACGUGAAGCAAGCUGCGUCGUAUUUCACGGAGGUUACAGGCGCUCUUGGUGCUAUGCUAGCUAUUGUGAAAGGGCAUGAGAAGCUUCCACAGGCUCUCAAAACAAGCUGUGGAAGCUUCCUGGAUAUAGGCUUUAACGACUCACUGGCACAGGAUCCCGCCCUUGCAACAGCAAACAAGCACGAGGCACAACAAAAGCUCGAAAGUUUUCUGCGGGAAGCUCGAGAGCUGGGCAUCAAUCACUGCGGCACGUCGCCUUUCCUGGUCAUCAUGGCUCCCGCCAACUGCAUGGCCCUUGACUUUGUCAUCUUCCGCCGGGAAAAUGGAAGUUUAGUCGCCGUCCAAGUCAAGUCCAACACUCUGCUCAACCGAAAGGAUGUCGAAGAGCAGUCGAAGAAGCUGCACAAAGCAGCAGAAACGGUGAGGCAACGGAACGUGGAGUUUUUGGCGGUGCUUGGCUCCAAUUUUCCCAAAGGCUUCAUCGACGACCUAUUUUCGUUGCAGCAAGAAGACUUGGUGGCCCUCAUCCCACCCUUCCUGCGCCAUCUCUCAGGUCUUGCUGCUGGAGUACCAGGCCCUGACAGCGCCGAGUGA